AUGGGCCUCUUUCUUUCUUGUUUGUUUCAGGUCACAGCCGUGGCUGUGCUCAGUCUAACAUGGGCGAAAAAUUCGACGCUUAAAACGAAACCCAAACGACAACUAGACAAUAUUCGAACACCUCAAAAUCUACAAUACUCCUUGGUACUUCCACACUCAAGAGUGGCCCACUUUAGGUCUUUGUCCAACAACAAAAGAUCGUCAUCUGGCGUGCCCAAAGGCAAGCUUCCGCCCUAUGCUGUCCAAAUGGAGCCUGUUGUUCAAUAUUCACAAAAAGAUCCACUUUACGACCCUAAUCACGACAAAGUCGACGAGGCAGUCGAAAACAAAAACGAAAUUCACGCGCAAUCAAAAAUCCUGAACGUCGAUGAUCAGUCUGGUGAAAAUUUCGGUCCGCCUUACGGAUCAUUGCCUACAGCUCCAUUAUACAGCCACGAUGCACACCCUCACUAUUACGAAGCACCCGAACCAAUAAUAGAGAUUAUCAUCAAAGAAUCCAAUGAAACAUUACCUGCUCCUCAACCCCAACCAAUACAGAAGAAAAAGAAGGAACCAGUGCACGUCUUCUAUGUGAAAUAUAGCAAAGAUCCGCACUCAAAAGACAAGGUUAUUUACGAAAAACCUAUACCAGCUAUCACCCCGUCCACAAAUGAAGAAGAUGAUCACCACGACGAAUACGUUACAGUCACUCCUGAACCCAUUUACUUACCUGCUAAAACCACUACUUUGAGAGCUAUCAUUAAACCUGAAUCUGAAGUAUAUCAUAGUGAUAGUAGUGUAAAGAUAACUUUUGGGAACGAAGGUCGGCACUAUAGUGAUAGACGUGAUGGCCAAACUGAAGAUCAUGAAGAAACAGCCCCACAGCCUGCGAUUGCAUUUCCCAAUCAACCUCUCCAACAAACCCAUCCCGCUUUAGAAAGAUCAGCUUCUCCUAAGCCACAAUUUGUGGAAAGCGUUACAAGACCGAAUGCUUACCUUCCAAACCCAAGCGUGCCAACUUUUAAAUCUGAGUCUUCCCAUGCCCAAAGUCGGAUUCAAUUUCAACCUCAGUAUUUCCCAACUGAGCAGCAGCUACCAAGGCAAAGCCCUUCAGCUUCAACGUUUAGAUCACAAUCACACAUUCCUCGAAAUCCCUUUGGAGCUUCAUCGUCACUGAUUCCGAAUCCUGCCUUCGCCAAUGGUCCCACUGGCCCAAUAUUUGAGAGGCCUACUGCAUCAAGUCCUGUAUCACCCGCUUUCCCACCAACACAUCAUAGAGCUAAUCCUCCAUUCCAGUCACGUCCGAAUAAUCCUCCUUCAUUUGGAACCAGACUACAUGUUAACGGACCUCCAAGGACUAGUUUCCACUCAGGACCUCAAAGACCUUUCCACCCACCCCAAUCGAAACCCAAUAAUUAUUUCGACGAAGCUAAAUAUUUACAAGAAAACUAUCAUACUAUAACUACUGAUCAAGUUUCUGCCCAAAAAGACCAAGCAUUAAAAGCUCGUCCAACGCAAAACCUUAAUCAUCUCACACAACCAAGUCCUAGUCCAACGCCUGCUCAUUUCCAAGAGCAUUUUAGAAGACCUCCAAUAAUACCUCUCAAUCAACAAUUACCACAACAGAAACCACCUAAACAGUUUUCAGAUACAGUUCACAGUCAAACAUCGUUUACCGCUAGUCCCAGUAACUCACCCUUCUUCAAUCUGAAGCCAUCACCUCCUCAGAUUGAUAGCCGUCCAUUAUUUCAUCAAGGUCAACAACCACUAAGUUUUCAUAACGGCCCUUUGCCAUCCUCUAGACCGUCGCUUCAAUUCGGAUCAGUGUCCCCAUCACCCCCGUCUUCCAAUCCCUUCCUCCCGCAACCAUCUUCACCAACGUUAUAUAACUUCCAUCAACAACUUCCUGUAGCACAAGACCCAAAAAGCCAGUUCCAUAUUCAAAAUUCACCCACUGAGAGGCCUUUUCAACAAACACAUAAUCCCUCGGAAAGACCACCAGCAGACCAUCAAAGCAACUACCAUGAACAGUCAAAACAACAGCAUCAACAAACUGUAAACCAGUUUGUACCAAACGGUGGAGAAUUGGUACCGUCUAUUUCAGAAUAUGAACAACAUAUUACCCUCAAUGGUCCAACAGCGUCUCCUAGUUUUGACAACUUUAGCACAUUCCAACCUUCUCCAACACCAAGCCAACCUGACAUACAAUAUCAACAACAACAACAACAACGUUAUCAACAGCAAGAACAGCAUCAACAGCAACAAAAAUACCAACAGCAGCAACGGCAGCAUCACCAAGAACACCAACAGCAGCAACGGCAGCAUCACCAAGAACACCAGCAGCAGCAAAGCAAUCAGCAACAGCAGCAACAACGAAUUCGCCAACAACAAGAACAACAACAUCAAUAUGACGCUGAGCAAGAACAAGUUAGGCUGCAGUUGGCACAGAAUGUCCAGAAACAACAAGAAGAGAUACAACGACUUCAGGCACAGCUUCUACAAAGCCAAGAACAGCAACAGCAACACCAGCAAUUCUAUAAACAAACGCAAAACAACUACAACCAACAAUUCGAAGCUACCUCAUCUAGAUCACAAUACAUACAGGAGAGAUCUCGUCCGCAACCCACUUACGUGUCGAGCACAUCAUCGCCACAGUACUACCAAUCGACAUCUGGAUCAGUUGAAAUCGGACCGACCACUCCAAAAUAUGUAUCAUCAACCGCUAAUUCCGUCAGCUCAACUCCUGAAACAAAAAAAGAAGAAAAGAAAAAUAAGCCCACAAUUGAACUGCCUGAUGAAGUGCCAGAUGACCUCCGGCAGCAACUCUUAUCAUCUGGUAUCUUAGACAACGCAGAUAUAAGUGUGCUAGAUUAUGACAAAGUAGGUGAUACACCAUUAGACUCUCUACCCCCAGACCAGCUGGCAAACUUCUUUAGUGCGGGAGGAGCCCAACAAAUUUCAUCAAGUGAAAACAGGCCUAUUGUUGUCAAACCAGAUGGAAGUCAUAUUGAAUCCAGAAUAGACCAAGACAUGGAAGAUGACCAAGAAGGGGCAGCAUCAGAAAAUGUACCAAGUUACGUUGCCCCGCCGAAACAAGCAGUUGAAAUGAAAGUUGUCCAUUUCGAUCCGAAAACUCCUGAAGGUCAAAAAAUAGCAGAUGAUUAUGUACAAGAGAACGCCACCCAGAUAGAUCCAGUCGCGUUAAAUGAUAAAAAAUAUAAUAGGUAUCUUCCAUUAAAAGUAGCCGGAAACCAGUUUCCUUUACCUGACAUACUCAAAGGUAGGAAAAUAACGUCAGUGGUCGUAUUAGCACCAGUUGAAACAGAAGUCCUCAAUGGUGACCACACCAGGACUGAGAGAGCUGCAGAAAACAAUUUGAAGGGCAUUAAAUUCGUUGCUGGAGAUAGUUUGCAGGACUUGCUAAAGCGACCGACAAAAGACAAUUUUGAAAAGUGGUUGGAGGUGGAAAAGAUGACCGCCAGCGAUUUACAGUCCAUCGUACUGCUUGUAACGACGAACGAUGAAUCUACAGCAGAUAAAGAAAUCUACAUGUACGACAUCACAUCGGGCAACAUCAAUAAAUUAAGUGGGGAGCUAUCAAACGCUUUUGUGGAAGCUGCUGAAAAUAACUCAUUGAGUAAAGAUAUUGAGAGUUUGGCAAUCGAAGGUGAAGGGAUACCGGAAAAUUUUAACAGAAAAGACGAUAACGCUGCUGAGGGUUCGGAAAAUGUGCCAUUAUUUGUAGAUUUAUCAGGGGUUAGUAUAGACAAGGACAAGGAAAACAGCAAAGUUUUAAUUUCGUCAGGUUAUAGUAAAACGAAACACGGCCGAUCAUUAAGACGACACUGACUUACGUAGUAUGAUAAGAUGUUCGAAUUUUGUAAAUAGUUUUAAUAAUAGUAUUACUAAAUUAAA